GUUAAGUUAAUAAAAGUCCCCCCCCAAAAAAACAAAACACCCAGGCACCCACCUGGUGGGACCGCAGUGAGUGGUAUAGCGACCGCUGGGGGGGGCCGCGGACCAGGGAUUGAGAACCACCUCUGUUAGACACAUGAAGGGGGUGGGGGAAGAGGGAAAGUACGCAACAACCACUCAGGAGCAGACGGGCACAAAAAAAAAAAAAAAAAAAAUAUUCAUCCCCACUUAACAUGUCAAUCAGGAUUAAUGCACCACACAAACCUCCCCUUUAGGUUGAGCCAGGUCCUUUCACUAGUGGAAGUAUAGCGCAGCAGAGGAGCAGAGGAGCUAAUAUAUAGAAGAGCAGAACAGCAACACAACACAGCAGUAGUUCAGCAGCGCGCACACCACGGAGCGUCGCCUGGACUUCACGUUUCAUGCGACUCUUCACCAGAAGGUUGACAUGCAGCUCUGACUGAGAACUCACUCAUCUCCAGAGCGUGAUCAUGUCAGAGCUCACACACUUCUUCUGCUUUUUGGAUUACUCAUGCGACAGCUUCUGAGGCUGCAGACGAGAAUUGUUUGCAUGCGGAUAAAACUUUGCAGGAGCUCUGUCUGUUCUUCCUGGAGAGGAUAUAUAUAUAUAUAUAUAUAUAUAUAAAUCAGUUUGGUGCGCGCAAACUUGCUGCGUAAAAACAAUACAGCCUCAUAUAUAUAUAUACUUCGAGCACUCCUCUCGAGAUGGAUUUGAAGAGCGCGUGUCGUAUGUGUCUUUUCCCGGUGCAAAUGCUCUAUUAUAUAGUCAGGGCAAGUUUGUUUUCGCUGUUGCCAAGCAGAAGGAAGGACCUGAGCAAGGAGGUGGUGUUGGUGACCGGUGGUGGACGAGGCAUCGGGCGUCACCUGGCCAAAGAGUUUGCCAAGCAGGGGGCCAGAAAGGUGAUCCUGUGGGGCCGGACAGAAAAGUGCCUCAAAGAAACAGCAGAAGAGAUCUCUCUCUCAGGAACAGAGUGCCAUUACUUCCUGUGUGAUGUGGCCAAUCGGGAGGAAGUUUACAAGCAAGCCAAGGUGGUUAGAGAAAAGGUGGGAGAUGUUACGAUAUUAGUGAACAAUGCAGCUGUAGUGCACGGCAAAAGUCUGAUGGACAGCGAUGACGACGCCCUUCUGAAAUCCCAACACAUCAACACCAUGGGACAGUUCUGGACUACAAAAGCCUUCCUGCCUCGGAUGCUGGAGCUGCAGCAUGGCCACGUGGUGUGCAUAAACUCCAUCCUGUCCCAGUCUCCCAUCCCUGGGGCCAUAGACUACUGCACCUCCAAGGCCUCGUCGCUGGCCUUCAUGGAGAGUCUGACGCUGGGCCUGCUGGACUGUCCCGGCGUUGGCUGCACCACCGUGCUGCCCUUCCACACCAAUACAGAGAUGUUCCAGGGCAUGAGAGUCAGGUUUCCGCAGCUCUUCCCCCCUCUCAAACCCGAGGUAGUUGCCCAGAGGACUGUGGAUGCAGUCCGAGCUGACAAGGCCUUCCUCUACCUGCCCUGGACUAUGCAUGCCCUUGUCAUUUUAAAAAGCUUCAUGCCACAAGUUGCACUUGAAGAAAUCCACAAGUUUUCUGGGAGUUACACCUGCAUGAACACGUUCAAAGGGAGGACAUGAACCUGGAUUGCACACAAUGUGAGAGAGACCUCAACAUCUCUGGGGUGUUAAUGAAGGGAAUAUGGACCUUAAGACAUCUGGAAACGGAGGAGGCCCCAUGAUAGUGUGAAGACAAAUACUUAGGGGACAUGCAAGGCGGUUGCUUCUGCAGGUAGAAUUAAUUGAUAAACUGCAGAAUGGUCCCAUUUGAAUGUGUAUAGUAUGAAGGACUGAAUGCCAUCCUCACUUUGAACAGAAGCCAUGCAUAGGUCUGUACCAGUAGUUAUUCUGGGAGGUUUUAUUUUGUGACACUUGUUUUAGCCUGUUUUUACACUUCUUUUUUUAUCCUCUUUUUAAUGUGUCUUUGAAUCAAAACAAGAUAAUAAAACGGAGUUUUAGAGAC